AGUAUUGUUAUAAUGGGAUCUAGAUGAUGUUCAGUUAUAUUAAUAAGUAUACUUAUUAAUAUUUUAGUGUAUAAUAUAAACUAAAAUAAAAAUAAUGUUUUUAAAGAUAUUUUACAUAGUAUUUUACUUAUCUGUUAAUAGAAUAAAUUGUUUGCCAAUAAAUCGAAGUGAUAAUAUCAACCAAGAGACUCUUGAGUUUAUGCAAAAAUAUGGUUAUUUGGAUCAAAAUGGACCACAAGCAUUAAGCACGUCAGACUCCUUAAUAUCCGCUUUAAAACUGGUACAAAAAUUUGGAGGUUUAGAAGAAACUGGAAACAUUAACAGUGACACUCUUAAGUUGAUCAAAUCCAAAAGAUGUGGUGUAACAGAUGUGUCAAGAUCCCUAGACCAUAAUUAUGUUAGAAGUAAACGAUUUGCUGCUUCGUCGAGUGGUUGGAACAAACAGUUUUUAACAUAUUAUAUAUCAAAUGUGACACCAAAACUAUCUAGGGAGGGUGUUAAAGAUGAAAUACAAAGAGCGUUCCAAAUGUGGGGUCCAUAUAGUCGUCUUAAUUUUUCUGAAACACAAAAUAAUAAAGCUGACAUUAUUAUAUCGUUUAGUGAAGAUUACCACGGAGAUCAAUUUCCUUUUGAUGGCCCAGGAAAUGUGCUGGCGCACGCAUACUAUCCUACCGACUAUGGUUCGCUGGGAGGAGACAUACAUUUCGACAGCAGUGAAAAUUGGACUUUAAGCAAUAUUGAUAAUAAUAUUAAUGAGGGUGUGAAUUUUUAUUCUGUCGCUAUCCACGAAAUGGGCCAUAGCCUAGGAUUAGGGCACUCGUCAGAAAGUGAUUCUAUAAUGAACCCAUACUAUAAAGGACCAACUCCCCAAGAAAUUGGAUACGAUGACAUAAUGGGAAUGUAUUCUCUUUAUGUGAAGAAGUCAAUGUAUGAGGAUCGUGAUGGUUUAAAGUCUACCAGGCGACCAAUAUCUGUUUUACCAAACAAACCACAUGUACACUGGACUUCUUUUAGUGAAGAAAGUUGUACUGAUGAUGAUGUUGUCACUCCAGAAUCAAUUACAACUCCAAAGCCAAUAUUUCCUACUCGAGACAGAACUUCUGAUUGCAAAGGAAAUUUUGACGCCAUUUCAUGUUUUCGUGGUCAGUUAUUUGUAUUCAAAAAAGAUUGGUUAUGGAGACUAAGAGAGCCAGGAAUGAUACUACCUCGAUAUCCAGUUAAAUUGUUGACAUUUUUUAAUUUGUUCACCGAGAAUGAUGCAAAUAAUAUAAGAAUCGACGCAGCGUAUGAAAGACCGGAUUCAAAUAUUGUUAUGUUUAGUGGUAACAAAUAUUACGUUUUUAAUGGAAAUCAUUUAAUUGAAGAUAGCCCAAGAUCCAUAAUGGACUACAAAUUUCCUUAUUUUAUAAAAAAGGUUGAUGCAGUUAUGGUCUAUGGGACACCACCACUGACAUAUUUAUUUAGUGGAGAAUAUUUUUGGAUAUAUGAUGAUCAAAACAAAAAGUUGUUACAAAUACACAGAUAUAUUAAAGAACAUUUCAGAGGAGUAAAAACGCCAAUAGAUGAUGUUCUCACAUGGAAGUCAGGAGAAAUAUAUUUCUUUAAAGGAAAUCAGUAUUGGAAAUACAACAGAUUUAAUAAUAGAACUGAAGUCGGUUAUCCAAAAAAUGCAUCUGAAUUUGUAUUUGGAUCUAUUUGUUAAAAUUAUAAGUCAAUUUUUAUAUCAUACAAUCAGUGUGUACACAUUUAUGUAAUAAAAUGUAUAUAUGAUUGAUCAUUUGUAAUAUUACUGAAGCAACACAUUAUUUUAUUUGUAAUAUUAUUAUUAUACAAAAUUAAAAAUUAUACUAGGAUUUAAAUAUAAUAUAUU